GGCUCGAGUCCCCUUUUUUGGGAGCAGGAAGGGUUCAACAAAGAUGGUGGGCCGCAUGGCUGCUCGGCCCGCACGGCCACGCCGCAUGGCACUCCCUUCCAAAGUCAACUUGGACAGCAUUGGCGAGGACUCCGACUCGGUCUGGGACAGCAGCACGGAUGCGGGGGACGAGAUCUCGGUUCUGUCCCGCGGGUACACAGGUGAAAGCUGCUUUAUCACUCACGUGGACGUCAUCAUCGCAGUCCCCGAGAUCGUCAGCCGAAUGGCCUUCGAGACAUACGUGGCGCGCGCCUGCCUCGAUGAGCCUGUGCAGGCCCUGGACGAAACCGAACUCGCAGAAGCACUGGCUGUGGCUCUUGAGGGUGACCCCGACGUUCCCCUCAUGAUCCUCAUCGGAGAGGAUUGGUACCUGGACGAGAUCCUGAAGCUGCCGCACUUGCAGAAGCGCAAGCCAUUCUUGGCGGCAGCUUCUGGCAACGCGCUUCAGGGCAGCCACUGUCAGCUGCCAGCGUCUUGCGGGCAGGCUGCCUUCCAUGCAGCUCUUAGCCAAUGUGUCUCCUGGAGUCUGUCUCAGUGAGGCCGAGAGGUGAGACGUGAAGAGGUCACUCGUAUGGUCUGAUAUGGUUUAUCAGUACCGUCAUUCGCAUCAUCACCAUCAAAUCUCCAGUUGCUGAAACGACGA